AUGAUCCCUGCCCCCAAGGACAUCCUGCCAUCAGACGCCCCUGCCAUUGGACCCCCUGCCAUCAGUCGCCCUGUCAUUGGACUUCCUGCCAUCGGACCUCCUGACAUCUGGAACCCCUGCCAUCAGACGCCCUGCCAUCGGACCCCUGCCAUCAAACCUCCUGCCAUCAAACCUCCUGCCAUCGGACCCCCUGCCAUCGGACCUCCUGACAUCUGGAAACCCUGCCAUCAGACGCCCUGCCAUCGGACCUCCUGCCAUCGGACCCCUGCCAUCAAACCUCCUGCCAUCGGACCCCUGCCAUCAAACCUCCUGCCAUCGGACCCCUGCCAUCGGACCUCCAGCCCUCGGACCUCCUGCCAUCGGGCCCCUGCCAUCGGACCUCCUGCCAUCGGACCCCUGCCAUCGGACCUCCUGCCAUCGGACCCCUGCCAUCGGACCUCCUGCCAUCGGACCCCUGCCAUCGGACCCCUGCCAUCGGACCUCCUGCCAUCGGACCCCUGCCAUCGGACCCCUGCCAUCGGACCCCUGCCAUCGGACCCCUGCCAUCGGACCUCCUGCCAUCGGACCCCUGCCAUCGGACCUCCUGCCAUCGGACCCCUGCCAUCGGACCUUCUGCCAUCGGGCCCCUGCCAUCGGACCCCCUGCCAUCGGACCCCUGCCAUCGGACCUCCUGCCAUCGGACCCCUGCCAUCGGACCUCCUGCCAUCGGACCCCUGCCAUCGGACGGUGGCUGGAACACACCGGAAAUUGUCGCAGCCCUGCGGUUGCUCAGGCGGCACUUUAAAGGGGAUGUGCCUUGAGCUGUGA